AAAAUUGAAAGAUUUUGGCAUUGCGGAGUGAGAGAGAGGAAGAGAUACGGAGUGAUUCAAUUGAGUUGUUCAUUUCUAGAGCAAUGACGACUGGUAAAACCGUGAAAGAUGUUUCUCCUCACGAUUUCGUCAAAGCUUACGCUUCUCACCUCAAGCGAUCUGGAAAGAUCGAGCUUCCUCUAUGGACAGACAUUGUGAAGACUGGUCGUUUAAAGGAGCUUGCUCCAUACGACCCGGAUUGGUACUACAUUAGAGCUGCUUCUAUGGCCAGGAAGGUUUACUUGAGAGGUGGUCUUGGUGUUGGUGCUUUCAGACGAAUCUAUGGUGGAAGCAAAAGAAAUGGAAGUCGACCACCACAUUUCUGUAAGAGCAGUGGCGGUAUUGCUCGCCAUAUUCUCCAACAGUUGGAGACUAUGAGCAUUGUUGAGCUCGACACAAGAGGAGGAAGAAGAAUUACUUCAAGUGGUCAACGGGAUUUGGAUCAGGUUGCUGGGCGUAUUGCAGCUGAAUCAUAGAGUGCUGAAUGUUUUUCUCCUUGUGCUUUGCUUUGGGAGAGAUUCAAGAAUGUUACUGAUAUUUUUGGGUUUUGGGAUUUUAGAUCUUUAUUCUCUUCUGUUGUGCUCACCUUGACGGACUAGUUUGAUAUUUCAAACUGUUGAAGUUUUGUUCUUACAGUGAUUUUGUACCCCAAGUUUACUCUUUGGCAUAGAAAUCUUAGAGACAUAGUUUACUCUCCC